GUGUGAGUUUCAACCAUAGCGGCUUGUUUGUACCGAGUGCAACUCGUGAAAGUCAACUCCGGACAGUUUGGCUUAUCAUUGGAUAAGGUAAAAUGGGCUCGGAACUUUUCUUUCCUUUCUUUUCUCUCACGUUUUCAUGGCAAUCGAGAUCUUGUAGGCAUAGGCAACAGUUGUCACUGAAUUCAUCGCCUACCACAGUUUUUCCCGAAUUGUGAUCUUUGUUUAGGUUCACGUUCAUCGCAAGGAAGUGAGUAAAGCCGAGUUCGGGCGCACCCCUCGUCGUUAAGAUCGGUAGAGUUUCAAGUAGCCUUUAUUCAGAACAUCCCUCUAUAAGCGGCGUGAAAAUUUGUGAUCGAACAAAUAUGACGAUUACGAGGGGAUUUUACAUUUGGAUUUAUCGUCGUCGCUCAAGUCAGCAUGAAAGAGUUGAAUCAAUAGGGUGAUGUAUAUGCGUUCUUCAAUGUCCGGAAUGUAGCCACAAAUUGGUUUUAUCCUUCAGAGGGAGUGCGGUUGUUAUAUUUCAAGGUAUUUUGUCAUCAGACCUCUUCCUUUUGCGUUCCUGAGACGUAAAUGAUUUCAUUUUCUUAAAGGAGUUCCUAGGCUUUUCGCGGGGCUGCACAGUCGCGGCACUUAGCGAAACACGAGACUUUGAAAGCAAGAAUUUACAUCGAUUUGCGUCGAUUAAUUUCCGGCGAAAGAGAGCAAAAGUGUUAUUUUAGCUCAUCAACGGACAAUGUGUAGUUUAAACGUUCAUGUCGUGUGUAAGUAUUCUUUUGCACUUCUCUUAUUGUGGAAAUAUUAUUAUUUUGGCAUUUUGAUUCCCGUUUUUGAUGUGCAAUGUUAUUGAAAUUGUUUCAACGUGUCCAAGGAUGGAGCUGAUAUGAAGCCGCUAUUAUCUCGUGUCCAAUAUUGUACAGGUUUAGCGGUGCCUUGAAAAAUUGUUUCGUAAUUUCCGAGCACUAUAUUACUAUUUUAUGUUUUUCAUUGAUGUUGUUGUACGUGCUUGAGUUUUGGUUUUGUUUUUCAUGAGUUGUCAUUAAGUAUAGUCGGAUCAAAAUUAUGCACGCCUACAAAUUAUUAUUACACCUAUACGUGAAGAUAUAAGGUGAUGUCAUGCUAGAAACGCUGUGAGUACCUUGUUUAAUUGGACAAUACUACCACGAUCACAUUGUCAUAAUACAGAACUGAGAUUGUAGCAAACUGACUGACACACUUGAUAUUUUUGUCCAAUUUUUUGGGUUAUACAUGUAUAUAUGUUGAGUUUUUUUUAUUGUUAUUAAAAAUACAGAUAUUCCUGAAGGAAACUGUUAUACAUUAACAACACACAUAUUAAGAAACAACUGUUGUUGUAGUCCAUAAUCCUGUAAAAUAUGAAAUUUCCUAGCAACACUGGUGCCCGUGAAAUAUUUUAUACAUGUUAGCUUUUUAUCGGAAAAUUAAGGAUUCGUUUUGAAAAAAUAUGUAUAAUCGUUAAUUUUUGACCCUUGUUACAAAGGGCUAAUUCUUGGUUGCUUCAUAUUAGACUGUCAUAUUUAAUACUAGUGUGCUAAAUUUGCUAUAUGUUCAUACGUGUAUGAUCAUUUGCAUACCUGUUGAUGUUGUGUUUUAACUUGAUAAGAAACUUGAUACCCUACUUCCUAUUUGGAUAUAUUUCUUACAUGCAUGCUUUAUACUAGAGUGGGGAGGUUCCAUUGUGCAUGUGGUUUUGCUUUUAUAUUUCUGUUGACAUACUUUUGGUUUCUAGCUGGUGUACUUGUACUUAAUUACAAUGUGCGGAAGAUGUGCAUUGUUUCAAGAAGUAGUUCAGGAUCAACAAUGUCAUUAUGUUUAAAGUACUCAUUAAAAAAAAGUCAGUAACAAUGGCUUUGUUUAAUAAUAGUUUUAUGGCAAUCAAUUAUUGUUUUUGAAUUUACUUUGCUAAAUUUUAGGUUACCAAUAAAAUAUUGUUUAAAAAAAAAGUAGAAUAAAAUAGUGAGUCAUGUUUCACCUGGUAACUUUGGUCCUUUAAAGUUUUUUCAACGUCGCUGAACAUUUAAUUCAAUGCUGAGAGCUAGAGGUAGCUGUCUAAGAUUGAAGGAUUUUUAAAAAUAGAGUUUAUGAAAGUGAAUUUGAGGUCAAGAUGAUUAUUAAAUAAUUUUAGGUUUAUUUUUAUUUUCUCAUUUUUAUCACAUUUUUACUAAUGCCUAAUUAUUAGGGCCAGUUAUUUAAACAGAGUUUAGCCAGUGUUUAACAAACUGCGUUCUAAGCCAUUUUCAGUUUGCCAAAUGCUUUUGUGUAAACACCAUGUAUCAUGAACGGUUUCAUGAAAAUAUUUAGAGUAGACUAGAAAAGUAUUUCUCAAUUUAAAAUAACCCACUGAGGAAGAGAUCUGGAGGUCCAAAGAUUUGUUAGAACGUGGUUUAAGUUAGACUUCAUUUAAAAAACUGACUCUUGGUUUAAAAAACUUUUUCACUUAAGGUUAAGUUAAACUUCAAGACUCCAAGAGAAAACUCAAACUCAAAAUGUAGAAAUUCACGAAAAUCCCCUAAUUUCAUUUUGUACAAUACUGAAAAACAAAGUGGCAACUAUGUAAGAUCAUUACUGAUUAAUUGCUUGGAAACACUUGGAAUUUGUGCUCUUAAAAUCAUGCCAUCAUUGUACCACACUUAAAAAGCAAGGGUGCAGCAAUGGUAAGAACAUUUGCCCUCCCUGCAUUGUGACAUAGGGUCAUAUUUCCAGAGAAGAUGCCAUAUGUGGGUUGAGACUGUUGUCAGUUCUUGAAUAGGAACUUCUUCUUGCCAUAAGAGGGUUUCCUCCUACUACUCUGGUUUUCCCCUCUCCUCAAAUACUAGCAUUUUUCCAUUCCAAAUUGAUCCAAAAUGUGGUAUACAAAAAGCCACUGCGUGAAUAUUCUCCCACUAAAAUCAUAUUUAUUUUAUUUAAAUUAUUGAAGUUGGAACUGCAUAUCACGUGCCGUCCAUUGAUUCAGAAAAUAAAGAAAGUUUCUUUUAUAUCAGGUGAAUUUGGGGGUCUAUUGUGUGGUAACAUUAUUUUUCAUAAUACUUGUAUGGCGUUGCCUACAGUAGUUGUCUGCUCUUAAUGAUAACACUUUCCUGUUCUUCAUAUUUCCUCAGGCUUUAGACAAGUGUUCUCAGAUCUUUUGUGGACAGGGGGGUCCUGAUGCGGCUAUGCCCUUAGCCAAGGGUGGACUUUUUAGGAAUCCGGAGUAUGCAGGUUUAUUUGACGAGCAAGACCCGGAAAAGCUUUUUGCCGAUCUACGGGAAAUUGGUCAUGGCAGCUUUGGUGCUGUGUACUAUGUAAGUGCUGAGCUCUUUUUUUUUUAAAGUUUUGGUCAUUUGACCUAGGUGGUUUAGAAUCUCGGGCUGAAAACUCUAAGCAAUUUCUUGGGAAACUUUGUUGGUAAACUCUUUACCAGCAAGAUACAUUUAAACACAGCUGUACUGUGUGCCGGCCUUCAGUGUGUCUCAAAUUGUGGCUUAUCCUAGUCUAAUCCUUAUUCUCUACUGUGAGUUUGUUAUAUGAUGGAUUGUGCAGGUGUUCAAAUUUCUGCCUGAUGAUGACUUGCAUUUUACAUCUUUCAGGCCAGAAAUGUCAAAACAAAUGAAGUCGUGGCAAUCAAGAAGAUGUCCUACAGUGGCAAGCAGUCUAGUGAGGUCAGAUUACUAGUCAAACUUCUCCUUAUACAUUACAUGUAUCUUCUCAAACUCAUUAAUAAUUCAUUAAGAAAAUACAAAGGAAAUUAAUUUUUAAUGAGUGUUUGGAAAUCGGAUGAAACACUGCUUAGUAUUUGCAUCCUUAAUUUCUCCUUCAAAAAUGAUUUUGUUUGAGAAGAAAUAUCAAACAUUCGACACAGUGUUUCAUCACCAGAUGAAACACCUCGAAGUUCGUCAAAAAUACUCCGCUGCGCGUCGUAUUUUCAACUCUCUUCUCGGUGUUUCAUCUGGUGAUGAAACACUGCAUCUCAUGUUUGAUAUAUUACAUCAAUAUAAUAUAACCUCACUGAUAGCAUUGAGAGUAAAGAAAUGCUAUUAAUUAGGGCUUACAGCUGACUCAGUGUUACAUCUACAUGCUGCUCUUAAUAAUAAUAAUAAGAAGAAUAAUGAUGAUGAUGAUGAUGACGAUGAUAGAGAUGAUGAUGAUUAUGAUAACGAUAACAGUAACGAUGAUACAGUAGAACUUUGAACUCCUAUCAGUGAAGGAGUGAAAUUAAAGUACGUGUAGGUGGCUCUGUCACUGUGAUGUUACCUGCAACUUGCAAUUUUUCUUGCACAUAAGAUUUGAAGAGAAGGUGAAGUAAAAAUUGGCCACCAUAUGAGUUGAAGUGAAAUUCGUAGGCUGCUGCUUUCACUUACAUUGCUUAUAGACGCUGUGAAGGCUUAGGGAUUAGAGCUCUACGUGAUUCAAGUGCAGCAAUGAUAUUUGACUGUUCGACUGCCAUGGAUGUCUGUAGUACAUUGUGUACAUGUUUGAUUCUUGAUACUUUUGAGUGCCUGUUUUCAUUAGUGUUAGUUUUUAUGAGCUUAAUCUCCUUGUUUAGAGUUUUAAUCCUUCUCUGUUGAUAAUAUUUCUUUUUGACUUGUAGAAAUGGCAGGAUAUUGUGAAGGAAGUUAAAUUUCUCAAGCUUUGUAAUCACAAGAAUACUAUCAGCUAUAAAGGAUGUCAUUUAAAAGAGCAUACAGCAUGGGUAAGAGUGAUAAAGUUAUCAAUAUGGCCAAAGUGGAAAAUACCGUAAUAUUCUUUAAAUUUCUGUUUCGGUGGGGCUUCAUUGAAACCUGUCUUUUGCAAGAUCUUUUGUUCUCUGCGUGUUUUGCACGUGCACCUUGUUCGUUUACAUACACUGCACAUGCAGUUUGUGCAAAAAAAAUUGCAAAAGUAAGGUUUAUAUGAAGAGCCACCUAAAUAACAGUUUUAAGAAUAUUAUAGUAUUUUCCGGUCUGGCCAAUACUCAAUCAUUCUGGGGAGAGAAAGCUGGGGUAAUAUUUCCAUGCACUGUAAUUAGUUUUUUAAGAACAAAAAUAUACUUAGACCUACAUGGUACAUUUUAUGUCUACUAAGUUGAUGUAUACAUUUAAUUUUGUGGAAUUAGGAUGACAGCACAUGGAUAUAUGUAUGUGAUCUUUGUAAUAAAAUAAUCAACCCAAGGUAAAAAAAGGACCUGAAUAGAAUCAUCCACUUGGGUUGAUGAUUUAGCUGCAAAGCUACAGCUGUAUCAGUAACAUAUGUUUGUAUACUUUUCCCCUUUGUUUUUCCCACUGUUCUUUGAUUCAUGUUGUGAAUUCAGUUUGUGGAAGAAACUGCAAAUUAAGAUGCUUUACCAGAAGAUCUAUUUUAAUGUGACACUAUGCCUUCAACAUUUGACUUAAUACUUUUUCCUUUAUUUGUCUUCAUUAACGGCAGAAAAACAAUGAGAGUUUUCAAUGUGGUUGGUUUGGAAUAAAAUCAAUAAUUUGAUAUCCUUGAUAAGUUUCAUUGAAACAGUAUCCUUUUCUUGCAGCUUGUAAUGGAAUAUUGUGUAGGAUCAGCAUCAGAUAUUUUAGAAGGUGAUUAUUUUAGCCAUGGAAAGAUUUUGGUUUGUGGCAUAGAAUACACGUAGUAAUUCUUUCUUACUCAAUCAUUCCUGAGACUGAAUUGUUAUACAGGUCCCAGGUAUGCAAUGGAAAUAGCUAAAAAAUGAAAAAGAUAUACAUACACCUGAUAGUCAAAUAAACCCCCCAAAACAUGUAUUAAUGAGGAUCUUUGAAACUUAUUGCCUGUUCUUAGAUUAAAAUUAUGUCCUUGGUUUACAGCAACCAUUGUUUUUAAGGUGCAAAAAAUUGUUCAGUCUAUGAAAGGGGUUUUAUGUAUGUAUUUUCUAGGCUUAUGAUUUCAGUUUCUGAUUACUUCAGCUAUAGUCUGGAAAUAUUGAUAAGUGUAUCCAAAUGAAACAACAACGUAGGCACUUGCCAGUGCAGUUGCAAUAUUAUUGCAAUAAUGCCCAAAGGUAGGGAAAAACGGGCAACAAAAAACAUGCAACUUGUCUUACAGCAUUGCUGUAAAUCAAGUUGAAUAGGGAUGUUGCACGUUUUACCACCCACAUCAAACCUGUGAUGCCACAAAUCAGGUUGUGAACAGUUUUGAAUGUUGGUGGUAAAAUGCGCAGCAGCACUUUUCAACUUGUUUUGCAGCAAUGUUGCAAAACAAGUUACACAUUGUUGUUGCCAGUUUUACCUAAGCUAAUGUUACUUCUUUUUGCAGUUCACAAAAAGCCCCUUCGAGAAGUUGAAAUUGCUGCAAUAUGUCACGAUGCAUUACAGGUAAAAAAAAAAUCAAUUUUUUCAUGUUUUUAAGUUGGAAAAUGGUAGAAUGCCAAUUUUUAAGGCAACAGUGGUUCCUUCCUCUACCCUUCAUUCUUCCCAUAUUUUGUUAACAAACGUGUGCCAUGAUUAUUGAUAUUUUGGGAGUGACAACUCUCUUGCAAAUACCAAAGCGUUAAUGACAGCUUUUUCUCCUCUCAUGUAUCAAAAGUUAAUGGUUCCUGACAUUUCUGAUGUGUUUGAAGUGCAUUAAAUUCAUAAAACGGGAUAACAAAUAACAGUACAGAAACACAACUGCAGAUGCAACCUUUAUCUUUAGAAUCAAAAUACAGCUGUUCAUACAUAAACAGUCAUCGUGACUGUGGGUUUUCUUGUGUUGCCAUCAUCGUUAUUAGAAGAGUAUGUGGAAGAUGGUGUUACAUUAAUAUUGUUCUACAACUCUUUUUUUGCUUACUUAGGGACUAAGAUAUCUGCAUAGAAAUGGCAGAAUUCACAGAGAUGUGAAAGGUAAGCUCACCAGAGAGAUAUUUACUUCUUUACUUUUAUGUACUGUAUUACUCUGGUGUAGUUCUCUUAACUGCAGUGCAAUAAUUGCAUUACCGGCCUCAAAAAUGGCUGUUAAGUUCAUUUUAGCUUGUCCUUUGUGUUACUGUUUGAAAGUUGAUUUUCAUUCCAAAAAUCAAGAGCUGGUCAACCAAAUCCUAAAGGUGUCAAAAACUUUUACUUCUUAAAAAUUGGGUACCCAGUUGUUCUUUUGUUAUUUUCUUUUAAUUUACACAAGGUUUAUUGUAAAUUUUCAGUAUACAGGCAUUAUGUUGCGUAAAUAAAAUUAAUUGUCUACACUUAUAAAUUUUUCCUUUUAUUUCAGCUGGAAAUGUUCUUUUGACUGAAGAUGGGACAGUAAAACUAGGUAAGCUUGUUAUUUUUAAGUGUUUUAUCGCCUUAAAUGUUUUUCUUGUGCACGGUACAACCCUGCAAAAAGUACCUUGCAUUUUUAUCAACACUUGUCAGUCCCCAGUUGUUCACAAGGUGGGUAACACUAUCCACUGAAUUAAUCUCUACCCAGUGCAUAACAUGAUAGGUUUCCCUAACAAUAAUCUGACUUACACAUUUGCUUAUUGUACACAUAAUUAUCAUUUAUCUUGUACUUGUAGUUUAAAUUUUACUUCCCUUUGUUUUAAACUCAUUAUAACACAUUACCAUGCCCCAAAACAAAGGGAAAUAAAAUGUAAACAAACGAUAAAAUUGAACCACAACAUAUUUAUCAAGGACCAGGUCCCCAUUGAGCAUUUUUUUAUGUGACUGCAAUUUAAUAAAGUUAUGCUAGUUAAAGGAACAAUAGCACAAUGCAUAAUUAGGCUGCUGUCAAAGAGGCAUAUCUUGUAUUUGUUUUUGUACAUGUGUAUGGGAUUUCUCUUCCUUUAAGUACAGCUGUAGCAUUACUGAUGUCUUUUUCUUGUUUAGCGGACUUUGGUUCAGCAGCUCUCUUGGCUCCUGCCAAUUCAUUUGUGGGAACACCAUACUGGUAAGAUAAACAUCAAACCAUAGUUCAUGAGAUACAUAUAAUAUAUAUGUGCCGAGGCUUUUUGUGCGUGUUGAGUAGUUAUAGUACUUCAGUACCUCGUAUCCAAUUAAAAGUUAUCACUUAAUAAGGGAGUGGAGGGGAGGCAAAGGUAUGAUGAAGAGUGUAUGUUUGUGUCUGACAUGAUGAUGAUGGCAACAUUUUUCUUGGUGUGGCCUUUUUCGUUGUCAUUUUGCAAAGGACAAUCAAAAACUGACAAAGCCGACUUUGCAGACCCCAUUUUGCCCCUAAAAAUUAAUGUCAAGAUCCAAUUCUGUAUGUGCAGUUUCCAUGGUCACAUUGGAUGUUUGAGCAUGAACAGGUUUUUGGGGGGAAUUUUAAUCAUUAGUUUGGUUUUUGUUUCUCAGGAUGGCCCCAGAAGUGAUCUUAGCCAUGGAUGAAGGACAGUAUGAUGGGAAGGUGUGAAAAGAAGUUUAAUGAAAACAUUUCUAAAUUUUAAACAUCUACAUAAUAAUUAAGAAAUAGCUAACUAAUUAAUUUUGACUUUGCUUUUGUAGGUGGAUGUGUGGUCCUUAGGAAUUACAUGUGUUGAAUUAGGUAAGGUUUUCCGAACUGGAGGCAACAUUUUUAGACUUGUAGUGUUUCUCUUGUCAAAGGUGCAGGUUGGUCAGAAAUUACGAAAUGCUGAAACAGUUCACCCUUACUCAAUACAGCAGUCUUAUAAAGUACAUGUAAAUAAAAAUUACCUUAAUGUUCUUGUGUCCUCCAUUUAGUCCCUCACAUGCGUAUUGAGCUCAAAUCUAUAAAGUUUCUCUUCUUGAGUUUUAAGUUAAAAGGGUAGCUGAAGGACGUUUCUCCUGAUAUUGAUUUAGUCCCUACUAUGACGUUUUGCAUUGUGCACCUUUCCUGUUUUGUCUCUUGGCCAUAAAUUUUAUAAUGCUGACCACCAUGAUUACCUACAAAAAUGGUUUGCAGGCUCGAUGUAAAAGAAAAAUCUGAAUGCAGUGAAACUUAAACCCACCUUUACGGUCUCACUUUCAAAAAGAGACCCAACCCCCACCACCACCUCCCUCCAAGAUCUGUGACUGUCCCAGAAUUGCUUAGUAGCAAAAUGUGAUACACUUUUCUAAGUUUGUGUUUAAUUUAUGACUCGUGUGGGAUCAGGUGCAUAAUGUUAAUGUUGCCCUUUCUUUUUCAGCUGAAAGAAAACCACCAUUGUUUAACAUGAAUGCAAUGAGUGCUCUUUACCACAUUGCCCAGAAUGAUCCCCCAAUGCUCUCUACUCCAGAGAACUGGUUAGUCAUAAUUCCAAACUUUUCUGCUUUUGUGGGUGACAGAGGAGAUGAUUAUUAAACAAACAGUCUGUAUCAUAACAAUACAACUACUGUGUACAAAUGACAUCCACUCAUGGGAAAAAUAUCCAACUUACAUGUAAAUUUGGCUAUGUCUUAUGAAACCCUGCUGUGGUUGGACAUGAUGACCAGGUAGAUCAAACACCAAAGAUUACAACUGUGAAAGGUUUGAACCCAGGAGUCGUUUCAUAAGUAGGUUGAGUAUGACCGUCCGGGUGAACGUAGUCCUGAAUAGGACUGUUGUUGGUUACAGUGACUGACAUUUCUACAACCUUUGCAGUAGUCAUUUUCAGAGUCAAAGUGAGUUGUACAUGUCAGUUGCAGGUAUUUAACCAAAGACUACAUUUUAAACUUGGAAUACCGUAGUAGUUAAAGAAAUUCAAAGUCAACAAAAUAUUCUGUUUUGACUGACUAAAUGUUGACCUGAUUGGACAUAUACAUAUCCUUUUAAUUUGUGCAGCCCUGUAAUAUCAGACUAGGAAAUUAAAAUUGUCUUUUUUGUGUGUGAAUUUAAGGUCUUCUUGUUUUGUGGAAUUUGUGCAGCUGUGCUUGAAAAAGCAGCCUUCUGUGAGACCAACAGCAGAAGAUCUACUGGAGGUACAUAACAAAACAUUUAUGAUGAUCAAACUGUAAUAUUUUUUUUGCGAGUGAUAAAUUACUCAGUUCUUUAUUUGUGGAAUGAAAAGCUUUGGAAUCAAUGCUGUCCAGGACUGUCAAUUAACAAAUCCUUGCAUAAUAAACUCAAGGGGCAAGUAUACUGACAGCAUUGCAAAUGUCUUUAAACUACAUGUAUAGCCUUCAUACCCUUAAGAAAUGUGUUGUGCUACAGUAUCAAUUCAAUUCUAGCACUUAAACAUUUGCAUCAUGCAUCACUAACAAACUUUCCAUUCACUGUUUAGGUUGAAGAUUUUUUCUUGCUGCACUUUUCUGAGGGUGUUUUUGUUGUUGUGUUUUAUAGCAUACUUUUGUCUCUCAACCAAGACCUGAAGGAAUCCUUUGCGAACUGAUUGAGAGAACAAAACAGUCUGUCAGAGCUCUUGACAAUAUGAAUUACCGCAAAAUGAAAAAGAUGAUUAUGAGUGAUCCAUCAGGUGAAGGAGAGGAGGGAGAUAGCUCAGUUGCUGAGACAGAAGAUGAUGAUGAUAAGUCGGAAGCAGUAAGUUUUUUCUAUAACAUAACUACAUGUGUUUACUUGUAGUAAGAAUAUUUUCCAUGAAUAGAAAUUCCACAAUUUUUCCCUCAGAUAACAAGUUCGCCUAGUUUGGUGUGUUUGUGUUUGUUUGUUUGCUUGUUUUCAUUUUUUCAUUUCUUUGGAAGUCAUCUUGAGGACUUUUCUUGUUUCUACAGCAUACGUGUAGCUGGCAUAGGCCUCUACAUGUAUUUACACCCUGGUGCUUAAUAUGCCAUUGGUUGUCAAAAAAAGUCAGUUUACAAAAUAAAAUGUCUUUAAACUCCAUUUUUAAAGGGUGUCGUUUUGUUAAAGGAUUUAGACCAAUCGUAAGAGUUGCAAAUAAUAGCCAAGAAAAGUUUACCAUACAUGUUCCUGACAUAGGAAUUCUGUGUUACUUAGACUCAGAUGAGAUUUUGUGAUAAGGAUGUUGGUUAGAAAACAACGGAUAAAAUAAAGAUGCUGCUUUGCAGUUUAAACCAAUCAGAAGUAUAGUAGAGACAAUAGUAAAGUUAACACCUUUUUGAUUCCCACGUGUUCAUUCCCACGUGUUCAUUACCAUUACUUAAAUAAAUUCGCUCUGUAACUUACCCUGAUUAGGCAGACUCUGCUCUCCUUACAUAUGAUUGCAUUGAAUUCUAGUGCACUUUGAUAGCAUGCAGAAUCAGUUAGAAAUAUUUUUAGAAGAUACCUUCAACCUACUAAAGGUGCACUCUCUUUCUCUCCUCUCUCUGUACUCCAGUCGUUAUUCCUUGUUCCCAAGUCAGCAUGCCAUGUAAACUUUGAUGGGGUGUUGGACGAAGGGGAUGGGCCAUCUGCAUCAGAGGACAGCUUAGGAUUCUCUGAGGACUCCUUAUCUUCGUCUCAGUCAUCAUUUCUUCGAUACAGAACACCAAAGGUUCUGUUUGUUCAUCUGUUGCAUGUUCAUCCAAUGCAUGUUCAUACAGUCAUGCACUCUGCUCUUAACUCAUACUUCUAUUAAGUCAUUAUUUUUCUUUACGUACUUGCUUCUUUAUGUGACAGUAAUUGUGGUAGCUGCGAAGAGAAGUGACAAAAACAACUUUAAAUUAAAUCUGUCGUGGUAGAUGGAAUUACUUCUAUUUCAGCUUGCUUGUUAUUGGUUCUGUGGAUAGAACUAUGUGUGUGCUUUAUCCUGUGUGUAAAAAGGGUGUUUACUUGCGAUGUAAUUUCUGUAUUUUUCUUUUAUGUGGACAUUUCAGUAUACCACUAGCAUACAUACUGUUUUGAUAUGUCAUGCUGCAUUCAUUCAUUCACAAAAUCACCAAGGGCACCAGAAAUGAAACAAGUGAAGUCCCAACAAAGACUUAAAUCAAGCAAGUGUUGCCUGCAAAUUUCUGCCUCACAUGUAGUGUUUUUUUCAGUGAUUUUCCAGAGACUGUAAAUUUAGUAGCUUAUUGGAUAAUAUUCCUUUGACUCUACCUCUCUGAGAGUCAGUGAUGUCAGUCAUGGAUGGAUAGAUCAUACUAACAUGGAAAUUGUGGACAAAAUCCUAUGAUGUGACCAUUCAAAUCAAGAAUCUUUUUUUUUACUUUUACCCAGCAGUAUAUACAUCAUGAUCUUUAACAAACUGAAGUUUUGCACUCUAGAUGAAUUUUGGUUUUUGUCUCGUAUAAGGGUAUCAUAGUGGAAGGUUACCUAAACUUUGCAAAUAUGAAAAGGUUAAAUGAAUAAUUCCACAGAGGUUACCUUUACGUUUGGUAAUUCAAAUUUAUAUAAUGUUUUUGUGUCAUAUUGUUUUCCAUUAGAGUGCAGAGCUUCCUAAUAAUGCCAAGAAGGCAAGUGUUAGUAGUGUGGCUAGUGUUGCAAGUAGUACAGACAGCAUGCAAGGUGUGGAUCAUGACAGUGAGGCAGGACCAGCAGAUACUCCAUCCUUUGUGGUGCCUUCCAUAAGUGUAAGCAUUAAAAUAAUAUUUUAGGGAUCUUUAGUUGCUGGGCUCAAAGUCCGACCUGCAAAUAACAGACGGUCAUCGGAAGAUGUCUGACUAAAAUUUGCCGAUGUCUCACAAAAUCUAGAAUGUUACAAUCACCUCCCCUAUUUUUUUCCAUGAGAUCAUCGAGAAUGGGCCAAUGCCUGCCCCCCAUCAGUGCAUUUGAAUCUAAUUACAAAACAGUUGCCAGUGAUGGUGAGCCCUGGGGGUUUACCUGUGGGAAUUCUUGGUGGGGGAGUACAGACCAAAAAAAGUCAUUUUCCACACCCGUUUUCAGACCCAGCCUUAAGGGCAGAAAUUAUGUCAUAAUUACUUAGAUUAGAGCGCAAACAAAAAAUUUCUUCAAAUGCAUUUCAAAUUCAACUACUUCUAUUUCUUUCUUAUUCAUGUGGAAUUGAAAUGAUAAAUACGUUCAUAGGCUUCCUUGGUUUCCUCGAAAACCAUACCCGAUUCCAGACCAAAAUGGGCAAAGUGAAUACCCAAAUUCAGACCAAAAGGCCGAAAGCUUUGGGGCAGCGCAUACCUAAAUGGCUUAUAUAAGGGUUCCCCCCCCCCCCACCCCAGGUGGUUAGCGCUUGAUGGUUGUGCUGAGAAAUAGGAAAGUUUAAUAUUUCUGGUUGCUGGGUAUAUGUAUUUAGUAGGUGGGGAAUUGAAUAGUCAGAAAGUGCUUUUGGUUCUAUUUUCCUUAUAAUUAUUUCCUGUGAAAAAAGCUGGGAGAUAUCCCUAGGCCAUGGCCAUUAGUGGCAGCCCUGACAGUGUUAGUGAUUUUAGUGCACCCAAUUUGUAGUAUUUCUUUCAGUAAAUGACAGCUAAAUUUUCAAGUAAAAAGUGCCUCAAAAUAAUUUAUUUUUCAAUCUAUAGUUAGCACAGGGCCGUGAAGAAGACGACAGAUUUGCAACCAUCCGUCCUCAGAACAUUAUUGCAAGACAGCACCAGGAACACAUCAACAGGCAAAAUGAUGAGAUGAGAGAUCAGCUGGAGGUUUACAAGAAACUUAGACAGCAUCACCAGAGGGAAGUACAAAUACUGGAGAGCAAGUUACAGGCAGAGAUGAAUGAGCAUAGGAGAACACUUGACAAGGAAUAUGAUACACAGGUGUGUAAUAUUUAGUUUUAAAUUCCUCUUUUAAAUUGAGUACACCAGUCAAUGUCAGCAAUUAUUUCAUAAUGUAUAGUUAAGGUUUCUGGUGCUUAAAACAGAUCUUGUUGAGCAAUAGAAACUGUUUGAGAUUAUCUUUAAAAAUCAUUUUACGCCUGAGUAGGUUAUGACCAAGUUCCAGGUCCUGGAAUCCUGGAAAUGUACCCUGGGCAUCUUCUGGAAUCUCUCUCUGUUUCAGUUGUUGUACCAACCCUGAUUUGAUAUUGUAAUGUCGUGUGGCUCAUGUUGAGCAGUAGAGGCUGUUGGACGAUUUCUUUAGAAUUUCCUUUAAAAUGUGAUUGGGUUAUUUCAUUUACAGCAAAAGAUUUUAGUUCCGAGGUAGGUUUGCAAGAAAACAUCUUAAGAAUAAGGGAACUCGUAAAUAUUAUUUCAAGACAAUAGGUUAUUGCUCCAGAACAAACGUUAAGAGCCCUCAUAUCUUGAGAAGGUUUUAUGGAACCUAGCCCUGGUCCAGAAAUUCGUAUUAUUGUACCUGAGCAACAUUUUCUGUUUUUUAGUAGUAGUGCUGACCCUGAAGUGACAUUGUAAUGUAGAGUGGUUUUCGUUUGAGUGUCGUAAAACCAAAACCAAAGUAAUUACUCUGGCCAAUCACAUAGGACACAGACAAUACAUUGAACCAAUCAAAACUCGAAGUAAUUGCAUGUGGCUGACGCAAAGCGCGUCGCGUCACAAUUGGCUUUGGUUUUACUUCUGAUUGGAUGAAAAGGUGGCGCGAAUCUUUUAAGCCAAUCGCAUCGUGUAGAAAGUGCAAAACCAAUUACUUUUCGACACUCAAAUGAAAACCGCUCUAUCGUGUGAAUGCCCUGUGUUUUUAGGUGCAUCAGUUCGAAAGAGACCUGGACAGAUUAAGAGCAAGACAAAAGACGGAAAUGGAGCAAAAAUUAAAGCAGAUGACUGCUGAUGAGAAGAGACUGCUUAAACACAUUAAGGACAAGCAUGAUAAUGAUCUGAAAACUUUUGUUUCCGAUCAAAAGGCUGCAUACAAGGCUGCAAAGAACCAGUUCAAAAAGGUUAGCAUAGUUGACUCUCGCUGAAGUAUUUAUUUGGCGUUGUCGGAUUGCCUCACUACGUUGAUAGAGGCACGCAGAUGAGGCGUUCAUAAUAACUGAUGUCUUGGCUCAUUUGAAAUAGGCAAUAUAUUUGAGCUUAUAAUAUGCGAAAAAGUUUAUUUAGAUGACAGUGUAUUAGAACGAAGCACCGUCUUCCGGGUCCGGUCGAUCUACACCCCAACCUCUAGCCUGUGUACAGACGCCCCCAUCCCCUCAGAAAAAAAUUGGGGAGAGAGAGGUCUGUGAACUCUGUCACCGAUUUCUUCUGAGGGGAGGGGGGCGUCUGUACACAGGCUACGCAACCGCCCGCUUAACCCUUCAUGUCGCAAUAUCCACAUACAAAGUCUCCAGACAUUUCCUUAAAGAGCUUAUUGAGAGAAUCUGAUAAAAUAUCUUCGUACUUUCCCUUUGAUAAUCAUUUUAUUGAAUUCUCAUAACCUUUUCCUAUGACGAUGUGUGACUAUUUUCGGGAGAAAAUUGAUGUUAGCAACUCUCGGGAAUAAACGUCUAGCUUUCAAGUAACCUAUCCAACCCUGACGCCCUUCUAAUGAAGCCUUUCUCAUCGACUGUGACAUUUUUGACACACCACCUUUAACCUUGUAGGACCAGAGUCACCGUAUGUCUUAUCAGGGAAGGAAAAGUUCAUUUCAAGCUGCUCAAGAAACUGCACUGCAGGAAAAGAUUCACGAGCAUAACAUUGUGCGCAAUGCUGAACUCAGAAAGUUUCGCAGAGAGCAGCUCUUGCAAAGGCAAAACUUGGAAAAAGUACUUCUUACUGAGGUGAGAAGGACAAGUGUUAUUAUAUAGUUUGCACCGUAUUAUUUCUGUUUACCCGUUAAGUCCCGAGAUCCACAUACAAAUUCUCCUGACUGAUCUCCAUACAUUUCUUUUAAGAAUAGUUGAGAGAAUUUGGUUUAAAUUCAACGCGUUCUUCCUUUGGUAAUCAGUUUACUAAUUCUCAUAACCUUUACUCUUGAUGAUCUGCUAAUGUUGUUAGGAGAAAGUUAAUGUUGGUCACUCUUGGGACCUAAAGGGUUAAGGUAAUAGGAUAGGUUUAGUCUCAUGGUAUUUUUUAAUGAUAUUAGAGCCAGCUCAGUACCCUGAGUGACGUGCAUUCAGUCGCAAAGAAUCUAAUAAGCCAUUCCUUUGCGGUAGGCUAGUAAGGCCAUAAAAUCCAAGCAAAACAAAACUAGUUGGAGGUCUAUGGUAAAUGAAGGGAGUUUUAUAACGAAUCAAUGAUCAUUGAACAAGGCUUCUUCGGGAGAAAAGAAAUGGUAUAAAAUAGUUGUUACAGCCAAAAAAAAAUAGGCGCUCAAAACAUUCGUUUGGCUGCUAGCUCUUUGUUAGCUUUCAUAGAAUUGGAAUUUCAAAUUUCUUCUUUUUGCUGCAUAGGAGAUGAACAUGUUAGAGAGUCAAAAGGAGCUGUCACAUCAGAUGCUUAUCAGACAUCAUGAUUGUACCCAAGACAUGGAGUUUAGACACCUGAAUGCCGUGCACAGACUGAGAAGAGACCAACAAUACAAACAGCAUCAGACUGAACGGACAUCUCAAGAGGAAUAUAACAAACGAGUAGAGAUGGAGCUUAGAAAAAAGCACUUGUUUGAGCUCAAGAUGCAGCCCAAGACACUCAAGGUAAUGAAGGAGUGAAACGUUGUGGGGAAAGUCGCGUUUAUGAGCUGAGGUUUCCCCUCGGACUAACACUGCGUCCGAGUUUUGGAGGUUGGUAACAAGAGCCGGGGAUUGCUGGUCUCUGCGGUCUGGCUCGCUUUGCCGAUUUGACUUUUACCCCGUUGUUACAUGCACACGAAGCGAGCCAGACUCAGGGUAGCCAUGUUAACAGCGGGAUUGAAAGCAGUGCGCAUGAGCAGUGUGUUGCCCGCUGUCCUGAUUCUUGUUUGUUUCGCCUGGCUGGCCUUGCGAGCGUGGUUAAAUGGAAAAUUUCCAUCUCGGCUAACGGGGUUGGCUUGGUUGUCAUGUAAUCACAAAGUUGAUUUUUUGCAGAUCGAGAUCGCGACAAAUCAAGCCAGCCCAGUUCAUGGAAUGAGCCCCCUAGUUCUCCAGCAACUUUCAAAAAUCAGAAGCUUUUUGGACUUAUAUUUUCAUAAAGUGAUCUAUUAGUUUCUAGAGUUCCCCACCAACCGCAGCUCGAGCAGUGAACAAUGGCCAAUUAUAUUAGUUUCCUUUAAAAGUGGUUUCUUAUUGCGUGGGAAGUCAUUUCCAGACUGUUUUGGUUUCCCUUUUCUGAUUUUUUAUGUUAAAAGAUAAAGAAAUCUCACACCAGUUUCUUAAAAACUUCAAGGUCUCCUGCAAAUUGUAAUCUCGUUGUUUGUCUUAUAUCAGGCGCGGGAAAUGCACAUAAAGAAGCAAUAUAGAAACGCUAUCAAGACCCAGACGCUACAGUACAAAGCUCUUCAAAAGCAGAUCCUAGAAAAAGCGCCGAAAGAGAAACAUAAGGAGCUUACUAAGCAGCUACGAGAGGAAAAAAUGAGAAAAAUGGCGGAUCUGUCAGUGCAAUACGAUCAAAGUAUCUCUGAAAUGCUGCAGAGACAAACGGUAAGCGACAAAUGAGGGUUUCACUACCGUGAUAUAACAAAAAAUGGCGAAACACUUUUCAAAAUGUUUUAGUUUCUUAAACACGAGAAAACUACGGAAGAAAAAUUUAGGACUAGCUCUAAGUAUGGCAGAGGCAUCUAAGAAGUAUGUGUGGUUCACUUAUGUGUAACGGACGGUGACAGAUGAGUUGGGAGUGUUUGUUAUGUUUGACAACAACUAAGUUCUCAUUUUGGUUCCAUCCUUUAAUAACCGAUGGGCAAAUAAGGAAAUGUGUAGCAACGCAAGAGAAGCCUGGGUGGGUACCUUAAUCUCCUUAAAACUCUCCCCGGCGUGUUGUCUGAAAUCUGUUAAGCUUUGAACAAAUUAGCACUAACCAAGAAUUUGCUGUUACAUAAGCAAUUGGAGAAAAACACGCCGCUCUUUUAACCAGUCAGAACGAAAGUUUUGCUUCCCCGC